AUGAGAGGACUCUCGACCUCUUUUCGCUGGCAAUUUGGCGCUCGGCGAGUUUCAACUCGUUCGCCCACUAUGACUCGUACAUAUGAGGCUGCAAUUGCAGCUCUCAACUCGUUGCAGACUAACUAUGCGAUUGUGGAGGAGCUUCGGAAGUCCACGACGAGGCAGGAGAUGAAUGAACGCUCGCUCCCGGAGACUGUUGAAUGGCUGCAGCGCAUUGGAUAUAAGCCUUCCGAUCUCAACAGGUUGAACGCAGUGCAUGUCGCCGGUACUAAAGGCAAAGGCUCAACCUCCGCAUUCAUUUCUACGAUUCUCUCCCAAUAUACCAAAGAAGAGCCUAGCCAGCCUGCGAAGCUACACAAGAUCGGUCUUUAUACAUCUCCCCAUCUGCGUUUUGCGCGUGAGCGCAUCAAGAUCGACAAUGCGCCUUUGUCGGAGGAGCAAUUCGCGCGCUACUUCUUCGAGGUAUGGGAUCGUCUCGAGAACUCCGCUAAGGCGGUCGGUCAAGACCCAACUGCCCCAGGCACGAAACCUCAAUACUUCCGAUACUUGACUCUUAUGGCGUUCCACACAUACCUGAGUGAGGGUGUGGACGCCGCAGUGAUUGAAUGUGGAAUUGGUGGUCAGUAUGAUUGUACCAACGUGAUUCCGCAGCCGAAGGUUACUGCAAUUACUAGUCUUGGUAUUGAUCACACGGCCAUGCUUGGAACUACUAUUGAGCAAAUCGCAUGGCAUAAGGGCGGCAUUAUCAAACGCGAUGUGCGUGGCUUCGCCGCACCGCAGCCACCGACCGCAGAGGAAGUCUUGCUGAAGCGCGCCCAAGAAGCAGGCACUCAGCUGGAUAUCGUGACCGGACACCCUGAGCUGCGCGCUGAUAGCAGCAAGGUGGAACUUGGACUGGCCGGCGAUUUCCAAUAUACCAAUGCCUCAGUUGCGGUUGCGAGUGCCGCGGAGUUCCUGCGCAAGGCCGGUGUGGACGUCCCUGAGAAUAUCAUGGAUGUCCCACUCCCGGCUAAAUUCAAGGUCGGAUUGGAAGAAACCCGUCUUGGUGGCCGGUGCGAAACUCGAUUUGAAAAGAAUGUCUCUUGGUACAUCGAUGGUGGACACACAUUAGAAAGUAUCCGGCUGGCCGGGACAUGGUUUGCCUCACGCAUCCAGGCCGAUUCCUCAUCUACCGAUGUCGCUGCUAAGAAGACCCGGAUCUUGAUCUUCAAUCAGCAAACUCGAGACAGCACCGCUCUUGCACGUGCUCUCCAUGAAACCCUAUCCGCAGCUCUCGCAAAUGAUACCCCAUUCACCCACGCCUUGUUCUGCACAAACAUCACCUACAAGCAGGCAGGUUUCCGACCCGACUUGGUCAGCAUGAACACCAACGCAGAUGACCUGGAACUUCUCCGAGUCCAAAAGUCCUUGGCCGAGGAGUGGAACAGCAUUGAUCCCCAUGCCCAAACCCAUGUGUUUGGUACUAUUGAAGAGGCUGUUGAUUUCGCCCGCGAAGUUGCCAGCCAGGAACGCCCCGCCCUGCAAAAGGACGAAGCCCCCGUCAUGACCUUUGUGACUGGUAGUAUUCACCUGGUUGGUGGGUUCCUUGACGUUGUCGAGACUAAGCCCGGCGAUUUAUGA